AUGGGUCAUUCGAAGCAUAAAAAGCAUCAUCGUAGACAUCAUCGGAGUACAGAUAAAAGCGAUGAUGAUGAUCGUAAAGAUCGAAGUGGUGAUCGUCGUCAAUCUUCGCCAACUUCUUCAUCUAGUAAUGAUUCAACAGGCACUGACGAAGAAGAAUAUCGUGAAAAACAAAUAUCAAACAAAGGUAAAACAAUGGAAGAGAUUGAAGAAGAACGUCAAGCUAUGAAAGCUGAGAAAAAACGACAACGUGAACUUCGAAAAGUAUAUGAAACUUCACAUGAAAAACGUCAACGACGUCUAGCUAAAAAAUUGGAAAAAGAAAAAAAGAAGAAAACUGCUCUUGGUUGGGAUGCCGAACACAUGGGUAUGACAAAUGCAAAUAACCCAUAUGGAGAUGAAAAAUUACUCGACACAUUUGUUUGGGAAAAAAAAUUACAGAAAAAAGGCUUAUCAGAUGUUCCAGCUGAGCGUCUUAAAGUCCUAACAGCGCAACGGGUUGAAGAAAAUAAAAUUGAAUUAGAAAAAUUAAAAAAGCAACGAUUAGAACGUGAAAGUCAAAAAGAAGUUAUGGAAAAAGAAAAAGAAUUUUUGCAAAGAAUUAAAGAAGCCGAAUACUAUCGGGAAUGGGAAAAACAAGAAGAUUCAUUUCAUUAUAAUCAAGUUCGACUUCGUUCAAAAAUUCGAAUAGCUGAUGGUCGAGCGAAACCAAUUGAUCUUCUUGCUCAUUACAUCAAUGAUGAUGACGAUGAUUUAGCUGUGGAAAUGCAUGAACCAUCAACUUAUUUAAAUGGUUUGACUAUUCGCGAUCUAGAAGAUUUAUUAGCUGAUAUUCGAGUUUACACAGAAUUAGAACAACAACAAAAAUCUGGAACUAUAGCACACAAUUACGAUGCACAAUAUUGGCAAGAUAUUACAACUAUAACAGAAGAUGAAUUAGCAAAAUUAAAAAAAUUAUCUUCCCAAUUAUAUCAUGAUCAAAGAAUCGAUGAUCGACGGGAAGGUAUCAAUGCAGCAGUUUUCCAAGAUGUUACAGAAACAUUUAAAAAUAAAACACCACUACAAUUGGAACAAUUAGAACAACGUAUAAGAUCAAAAAUUGAAAAUGAAAAAGGUAUUGACAUUGCCUAUUGGGAAUCAUUAUUGUCUCAGUUACAAGCACAUAUGGCUCGUGCACGUCUUCGUGAUCGUCAUCAAUUAACAUUGAAACGAAAGUUACAAAAAAUAAAACAAGAACAAGGUAUUUUUCAUGCACCUUCAACAAUAUCGUCUAAAAGUUCUUCAACAUCAACAAUAUCAAAAAAGAAAGAUAAUGAAAAUAAUCAAAUAAAUUCAUUUAAUGAUAACGAUAUUGAAUCCAAUGAAGAUUUAGAAAAUAAAUGUUUACGUGAAUAUGAACAAGGUCGUUAUUCGCCGAUAUUAUUCAAUAUAAAUGAACUUGAUCUCGAAGUUCAAAAACGCUGUACAGAUGAAACAGAUGAUUGGGAAAAAUUAAAACAACAACGUGAAUCGGUUAUUAAAUCUGGUUCUGUUAAACCAGAUGUUGAAGAUGCCUUUGAAGCUUUUGCUAGAAGUAUGGGUAGUUUAACGGCCGAUGAUACUAUGAUUAAUACUGUUGUACCCAUGGAUGUUCAAUAUUUAUGGUCAGAUAAAUAUCGACCGAGAAAACCACGUGUUUUUAAUAAAGUUCAUACCGGUUAUGAUUGGAAUCAAUAUAAUAAAAAACAUUAUGAUACAGAUAAUCCACCACCAAAAACUGUUCAAGGUUAUAAAUUCAAUAUUUUCUAUCCUGAUUUGAUUGAUAAAACUAAAACACCUUCAUACAGUCUGACUGUUUGUGAAGAUAAUAGAGAUUUUUCAAUUCUUAAAUUUCAUGCUGGACCACCAUAUGAAGAUAUUGCAUUCAAGAUCGUUAGUAAAGAAUGGGAUUAUUCAUACAAACAUGGAUUUCGGUGUCAUUUUCAAAAUGGAAUAUUUCAAUUAUGGUUUCACUUUCGUAAAUGGAAAUAUCGUCGAUAA